AUGAUGUAUAGAUUUGUGUUACAGAAAUCAGUCAGAGUGACAGGGGUUACUCGUGGUUAUCACAUUUCCCGUGUAUCAUCAGACCGCGUCUGGAUCAGCGAUGGUAACAAUCUCAUCUUGACAAACACAGCAGGUGAUAGACUACAUCAUCUGACAGGUAUACCCAGUGGUCUGUUUAGUUAUGGAGUACACACUGUGAACAAUGACGGUGAUUUAAUUUAUAUAGAUAGUGACUAUAACAUCAACAAUCUGUCUAAGGAUGACAGAAUAAAGACUACAUUAAUAAAGUACAAAGCGCCAUGGAGACCACAGAGUGUCUACAGCUCCCUCUCCACUGGAGACCUGCUGGUCGGGAUGUAUUACUACACUAUUGAUACAUUUACAGGCAAGGUAGUCCGGUAUAACUCCACAGGAGACCACAUCAAGACCAUACAACACCACCACAACACAGGUCAUGGACUGUAUAGUGAUCCUGGAUACAUCACAGAGAACCAUAAUGGAGAUGUUAUUGUGUCUGACAUUAACCGUGUAGUUGUGACAGAUCGUAGAGGAAGACAUCGCUUCUCCUACAGAGGACCUCCAUCAGGAUCAGGACUAGAACCACGUGGAAUCUGUACAGACGAGCUGUCACACAUCCUGGUGUGUGAUUAUAAUACUGACUCAGUACAGAUGAUUGACAGUGACGUUUACUUCCUGUCACAUAUACUGACACCACGACACGGGAUAGACAAACUAUUGGGCCUGAGUUAUGAUGUUAGAUCACACCUACUGUGGGUAGGGUCACAGAACAGCGAUACAAUAAACAUAUACAGAGUGGUAGAUGAAGACUCUCUGUCCGGUAAGUAA